AUGGAGUUUCAGUGGCCUUCGGGGUUCCAGCUGAAGUGUAGAUAUAAACCAUCUAAGAGCCUGAAGAAAGCUGCACGGGAGGGAGAGCCAUCUGCCUGCUUUGCUGCUGCUGCUGCUGCUGCUGCUGCUUGGCCAACAUCUCUGCUCUCUCCUUCUUGGGCUCCUGCUCUGCACGUGGCACCUUGCAGGACCAGGCUCCAGGUACUCAGCCAGCUGUGCCUGAUACUGUUCCACCUGUCCCUUCUCUGGAGGGGAUAUAUAAGCCGGCUGGCUGAGGGGGCUUGGGAGAUCCAGUGCCUGCAAGGGAAGAGGACCAUCACCGCCCAGGGAUGGAGAGCCAUCUGCCUGCUUUGCUGCUGCUGCUGCUUGGCCAACAUCUCUGCUCUCUCCUUCUUGGGCUCCUGCUCUGCACGUGGCACCUUGCAGGACCAGGCUCCAGGACUGACAUCCAGAAUGGACAAGCAUGCCAUACAUUUCCAGGGAGUCCACUGGUACCUUUGGGCAACCAGCAGCCAUACUUUAAGUUAUGUGGAUUUGCUCAUUUGCAUGAGUCAUCUGGAAUUGUUGCUGAAUAAGCGCUACAAGUCUUCUCUUGCUGUGUCAUAUGGACGUUUUUGA